GUAGUUCUUCCCCUUCCGGUCUUGCCGGAGAAGAGCUGUCCGGGGUGAUGGGAGUGGGACUCUCGCCGCACCGCGCGUUUCUUGCACUAUAGUGAGUAUUACCGAGCCGGGCCAGUGGACGUUGCCAUUAGUGAGGUUCUGCUCGUGGUUGUCUGGCGGGGAGGCGGAGGCGGCUUCUGCCUCGCUUCGCUUCCAGCCUCCUCGCCCUCCCGGCGCCCAGAGGCUGUGUCGUGUUGUGCAGCUGGGUGUUGGAUUUCCAGAUUUGGGACCGAGGUGUGUGCCUGGCGGGUUGUUGUUUUGCUCUUCUAUGGUAAAACGGCCGUCGAGUUCCGCGCUGGUAGAGCAUUUGCCUUCGACUGCUGGGUCGUGUGAAUCGGCUGGAUGACGCCCCGGGUCAGCCUAAGGUGGGUUGCUCCACAGCUUUCUCCAUCAUCGUUUCCAUUUUUUGCCUUUUUUAUUUUAACGAGGGAGUGAGAGGAAGGGGGGCGGAGAAGGCGGAGGAAGACGGAAGGAGAGAUACCUGAAAUGUGUGGGUUGUUCAAUACAUACAUACAUAAAUGUGGGUGCCAUGAAUAAGGUGGGGGCUGGCAUUCCUGGUCUUCAAAAAAGACUGAAAUGUUUUGCUGUUGCAAGAUGAGUAGCAGGUGGGAAAUCUCUCCGGAUGUUUGCUUGUCCGUGUGUCAGCCCAGCCGCAUCUGCAUUUUACAGUACAUACAGUACAGUAUUGCGGAAAUAAGUGGAUCUAUAGCUGUUCUGUGAUCCUCUCUAAAAGCCUUGGAGCAUGGCUUCUUAUUUUUAAAGGUUGCCUGUAGGAUGCUACCUUUAGGUGGUGGGUAAUGUGCUAGCGGCCUGCGAAAGUGAUGAGUCACUCCUCUUCAAAAAUGUACAUUGCCAGCCACCUUUCUCACAUAAAUCGGUGCAUUGUAGAUGGUUGUGUUUGCCAUCUGUGAUGAUGAUAAUGGGAACUUAUGGGGUGGGUGACCCAUUACACACAGACUUUGGGGGCACUGCUUUCAUCUGAAACUGAUAGUGCUGAAAUCUAGAAUUCUGCCUUCUAGGAGACCCAAUGAUUUUCUCCUUUAAAUUUGGAGGGGUCACCAGGAUGGUCACCUCAGAAAGGAUAUUUAUAGAAGAAGUGUAGUGUCUGUUUUCCUUUCCUUUGAUUUAAUGAUUUAAGAACAUUUCACUGGCAACCAUUGCUGUCAAGGUUAAGUAAGGACCAGAUCCUCACAUUUUCUUCAGACUGCAUGAACCUCAGGUUCCAUAGCAUGGCAUGUUUUCAGUGGUCCAUUGCUAACAUUCCAUAACUGUACCGUCUCUCUUAUUGUCUGGUCUCUCUCUGAAAGAGGAAGAAAGUUGAGGUAGCAGACAGAAUAGAAUCAUGUGUCUCCAUUUGUACAUUUUUGAAGACUGAGUGUGCCACCUCACCUGACAUGAUGGAUAGCAGAUGUUAUGGCUGUGCAUCGAAGUUUACCGUCUUCAAGAAACAGGUAUGGUUUUCUCCACUAAUCGUCUUUGUCAUGAGAAAGGAGAGCUUGAAGAGUAGAACUUGGAACUAUUAUUCCAAAAUGUUCCACUAGAACUUUCAAUCAGGCUUUCAAUCGUUUGUGACAGGUGCGCUUGCUCACAUAUUACAUAUUUUAAUGAUGUGCCACUUGUUUAAUCGUCUCCUGUCAUUAAUUUACUGGAUGAGGUAGGUCUUAAGCAAAUCACUUUCUUUUGUCCCAAUUUUCUGUUUUGUACAGCUGUAAAGUGUAUAGGUGCUAAGAUAGGCAGAGGGGGCUCUCUUGCUAGUUCCUCCACCCUCAGAAGUUUGGGGUGUGGUGUGAAGGGGUGAAAAUGUUAUUUCUAUGUUAGCUUUGCAAAGUAAGAAUUAGGACUGAUUAAUACAUUAUGCUUUUUAUACACCUUUUCAAUACAGUCUUGUAUUGUUUUACUUUCAUUGUUUAUAUAAUAAAAUAUUUUGUAAACCACUUAGAGAGUAUUCUUGCAUUAAAUGGAAUAUAAAUAUAUAAAAUAAAACAAAUAUCCAAUAUCUGCAAAACUGUGUACAGUUACAUGGGAGUAAGCAUCACUGUGGGAAAUUUCUGAAUGAGUAGGCAUGUUCUGUGUAGUGUGCACUUAAAAAUGUAAGGUGUGCGUGAAGCAAACAUACGUUUGGAAUAUUGUAUGUAUAAAAAGAACAUUCACCAGAGACCCAGGAUUCUCUUUUGGUAAUUGAGUUUGGUGGCAAAGGUCUGCAGCUACAUAAUGUGUGGAAUGGCUGAAAUUAAGAUUGAUAUCUUUGAGUACAGAUUUAGUAAACAAAGGUUCAUUUAAUGUGUUUUAUGGUAAGUAUUUAUGUUAUGCUAUUUAUUUAUUUAGAAAAAGUAUAAGCAAAAACAACAAGCCAGGUUCAGUCAUAAAGCAUAAUGUUUAGUCAUAAAGCAAAACUAAAAUUUACAAACCAGUUAAAAAAAUAUAUGGAUAAACCCAUCAUUAAAAUUAGGAAAACAUUUAAAAUAAAUAUCACUAAACCAUGUGUCCGGUUUGGAGUGCUGAAAUACUGUUAGCAAACACUUUCUGCAUUCACAUAAAUUCUUUUGCUUUCAAAAGGUAGAAAAUGGUCGAAGAAGGCUAUACAGUGGUACCUCGCAAGACGAAUGCCUCGCAAGACGAAAAACUCGCAAGACGAAAGAGUUUUUCUUUUUUGAGUUGCUUCGCAAGACGAAUUUCCCUAUGGGCUUGCUUCGCAAGACAAAAAAGUCUUGCAAGUUUGUUUCCUUUUGGAUUUUCAGUGCAUUCCUAUGGGAAACCGUGCUUCGCAAGACGAAAAAUUUGCAAGACGAAAAAACUCGCAGAACGAAUUAAUUUCGUCUUGCGAGGCACCACUGUAAUGUUUUGAUGUGGAAGCAUCCCCUUUGUGAGCCCUUUCCAAGAAGGAGUCAUUCAGACUUCUUGGAAUCAUGUGCAGCUGGGUGUUAAGAGCACUUCCUUCCUUUUCCUCUUCCCUUCCUCUCUCAGUGUGGAUGCAAGAAAUGCGGGCGAGCGUUUUGCUCAGGCUGCCUGGGAUUCAGUGCUGUCGUCCCCCAUUGUGGAAACACCCAGCAGAAGGUCUGCAAGCAAUGCCAUGGGGAAUUAACAAGGUAAGAAACCAGAGCUGUGGUUUCUUUUAUGAAGGCAACACAGGACAUUUCCUGCAGGGAUUUGUCACUCCAGCACUUCUACAGGCUAGGUGGGCAUUCUCCACAACAAUCUAUAUGAUGCUGCAAGGAAGGAACGAAGGAAGUUUUUCAGGCUGUUUUUCAGCCUGAAGGCUGCAUUCUCUCAUAGGUAACUGGGCAGGGGCUGCAUGCCUGCAAAGGGGGAGGGGGCAGAGGCAAAAGUAGUUGGCGCAACAUACGUGCCUCUUAACUCUGUACAGUAGGCUACAUUCCAGUAAUGCAAAAAUCAGAAACUUCUACAUCCCUCCCCUGUCUCUCCAUCUGUGCAAGCUAGCAGCAUUAUUCCAUUUGAGGGACAUGUUCUAUCCAGGCAAAAGCAUUCACGGAGGAAAUGGAGCAUGGCCAGUGAGGGCUACGUUUUGUCCCUGGGGCUGAGGUUCCUCAGUGAAAUUGCUGAACUUGUUAGAAAACUGGCAUGUCAGGCUGAGGUUUAGGCUGGGACCUUUCUCCUUCGCAUCUAGUUUUCUGUGUACUUUGAUGGAAGAUUGUUGCGGGGGUGCCUUCAGUCAGGCAAUUCUUCAUAUGCAAGCCAGAGAUCAACAAACAGCCUUGCCAUCUCCCCUGCUGCUUUUGAGGCAUAGGGUGAAAUAGAUUGGUGUUAUACCCAGGACUUCUCAAGGAUUGAAGGCAAGGCAAGAUGGGGUUCUGUCUGAGGGCAUGUCCUGCCAUGAUUAAGAAGGGAUUUAUGUUCUAGAAUAACAUUUGUUGAUAAACCAGAGAGAGGAGCUGAGGGAAGUCGGGGGGGAGGGGAGGGGGGAAAUGGGGGGGGCAAUUAAGGAUGAUAUGUUUUUUGAUAAAAUGUUUUGUUGAAAUCCCUAAUUAAAAAAAUUUAAAGAAAAAAAGAAGGGAUUUAUGUUCUGCCAUUGUGACAUUUCUCCUUUUGCUUUACAGUGGCUCACCUCAGUCAAACGCAGCUAAAUGGUCUCCACCAGAGAACUAUAAAAAGUGAGUUCUAUCUAAUCUAUCUAUCUAUCUAUUAUCUAUUAAAUUUGUAUACUGCUGUUCAUCUGAAGAUCACAGGAUGAUUCAUAGCAUAAAAAGACAAAGUGAGAACACAAAAUACAUAAUAAAAACGAGAGCAAAAACAAACCAAUAACCCCAUCCCACAAAUGCAUUUAAAAGGAUGCCAAAGCCAAAGAUGCCAAAGACCUGGUUAAAGAGAAAUGUUUUCACCUGGUCCCUAAAUAUAUGUAAUGAAGACGCCAGGCGAGCCUCCCUGGGGAGAGCAUUUGCAAGCAAGGAGCCACCACUGGAAAGGCCUGUUCUUGUGUUGCUACCCUCUGGACAUCUAGUGAAGGAGGCACACGAAGAAGGGCCAACGAUUAUGACCACAGGGUCCACAUUGGUUCAUGUGAGGAGAGGUGGUCCUUGAGGUGUUGCGGUCCUGAGCCAUUUAAGACUUUAUAGGUCAAAAACAGCAUUUUGAAUUGGGCCCCAAAAUUGUCAGCCAGUGCAGUUGGGUCAGGAUUGGUGUAAUAUGCUCAAACCAUCUUUCCCCAGUGGUCAACCAGCUGAAGUUUUUGAACCGUCUUCAGAGGCCUCCUUCUGCACUGCAGUAAUCUAACCUAGAGGUUACCAGAGCAUAGAUGACUGGUUAGACUAUUCCUGUCCAGAAGGGGGAGCUGUGGAUUUAGAAAUACCCCAAGCUAUGUACCUGCUCCUUUAGAGGAAGUGUAACCCCAUAAAAAGCAGGCCACCUCCCAUCCAUUUAGUCUAGGAAAGAACCCACUAACAGUGUCUCAACGUUACCUGGAUUGAGCUUCAGUUCAUUGGCUUUCAUCCAGUUUGUGACCAAGGCGAGACAUUGGUCCAGCUCUUCCACUGCCACACCUGCCGAUGUGAAUGAGAAGUAGACCUGUGUGUCAUCAGCAUAUUGCUGACAAUGUACUGCAAAACUCCAGAUAAUCCUAUUCAGUAGUUUCAUGCAGAUGUUAAUUUAUUAUCAUCAUUAAAAGGUUUAUACCGCCCUUCAUCCACAAGUCCUGAGGCCGUUCACCACACAAAAAUACAAGAUAUAAAACACCAAAUACGUAAUAAAAACAAGAACAAAAACAAUCUAAUAACUCCCUUCCCCUCACAACACAUUUAAAAGGGUAUCAUAUGUUAAUCAGCCAAAGGCCUUGAAGAGAAUUGUUUUCAUCUGGCGCCUAAAGGUGUAUAAUGAAGGCGCCAGCCGAACCUCCCUGGGGAGGGCAUUCCACAAACAGGGAGCCACUGUCCUUGUCUCUCUCCCAACACAUGGCAUCAUACACGGCAACCAAAGCAAUUUCUGUGCCGAAACCAGGCCUAAACCCCAACUGAAAUAGAUAGAGAUCAUCAGUUUCCCCCAAGAGCACCUGGAUCUGGUACGCAAAUAACAAUCUAGCUGGUUUUAUUCCUUAUCCUUGGUGUAAGUUGCAAACAAGGGUGUAUACUUUUGCUCAUUUUACAGAUCCAAGUCUUUGUUCUGAACUGCCACCAUUAGCUCUAGGUAAUAACCAGCCACUUGUAAUGUUCUCUUUCUCUAGUUUGUGUCAGGAUUCGAAGCCCUAAUGUAAAGGGUGGGAAGUCAAAAUUGUUUUCUCAACCUCAUCUAGCACUGCUUUGCUGUUGUAAUGGUAGUUCUUCUUUCUUAUUGGAGUAGCUGUGAUUUCCACUCAUAUGAUGAGAGAAGGCAGUUUUUCAUAGUCGCUGCAUAACCUUCAUCCAAAAUUACCCGUUGCUUAGGACCGAUUCACUCAUGCCUAUGUACUUCGUGAUUGCUCAGCACUUGAUUGCUCAGUUUUUCACAUCUCUGGCUGAACAUGUGAAUGGGCUUGGGAAACAGGACUGCGUUUUACUUGGUGGGGUGAUUCCAUCUGUAGUGUUUGUUUUGUGCAUGCAAGUAGUCAGCUGAUGCUCCAAUGAUCAAAUGGUGUGGGUGGGUGUGAACAAACCCCUAGAGAAGCACAUGGAAUAUGAUUUUAAAAUUAUUAUUUCCCCUUUAAAAAAAACCAAAACCCUGCUGUAAGUCCUCCUGGUUGCUCUUUCUGUAGGCGUGUAGCAGCCCUUGAAGCCAAGCAGAACCGGCCGCAGGGACUCCAGAAGGGUUUGUUGAAGUCCCAAAGCCAAGCAGGCUCCAGAUAUCAAGGUCUAUCAAAAGAGGAUCGAGCUCUAGCAGAGAGACUGGAGAGGCUCAAGAAGGAAACAAAACCCAGUAAGCUGCGUACUAUUUUUGGAGUGAUUCGCUCUUAUCACCCCUGGAAAGCCUGCUUAAAACAGAACUUAAAAAAUUAAUUCCCAGCCUUGCAAAUGGAGGGGAAGGCUUGUCCUUAGCUUUAAGCCAACAUGUGCUUGCAGCAGUGUGGAAAAAAACAACGAUGGCAAGGUUACCUUCACUGUUUAUUUGCACAAUAGAUCUGCCACACACUGAUCCAGUUUGCACAUAAUGCUACGCUAAACCAUGGCUUAGUGUGAACACACUGGUUCCUGGAGAGGAGAUUGUAGCCACUUUGCUCUUCCUCCGAUCCUCCUGCAGUGCUGCGAGCUAAGCCACGGUUUGUUGUACAAGCCUGGCCUUGUGAUUUGUUUUCCUUUGGACAAGCUGUAACCUGAGCUGUAACCUAGGUUUGCUCUAGGUUUACAGCUCAGGGUUUGUCUUGAGCAAAAACAGAACUUACUUUUCAGGCAGUACUUAUGGAAUUGCACAGUUAGUUGAUAUAUUGCUAUAUACUCUGGGUUGAUGACCUCUGUAGCAUAUACAUCUUUGACGCUUCCUUUUGCAGGCCGUUGUGCUGCUGCUGGAAGCUGCUUUAGAUACCUUCCAAUUGAAGGUGCUGAAGGGAAGGCACCAGACAAUGGUCUGAAUUCAGCUUGCAUCUGUGUGAUACUUAGGCAGGGCUAUGUAUAAUUAGUGUGUCCCUGGGAUUGCUACACAAGGCAAGCAUCUGACAUUUGGUAGGCAUGAUAAAUAUUCUUGUGGGCGGUUGAAAGGAACUUCUAUUCAUUGUUUAGUUUCUGGCGAUUGAGGUCUCUGAAGCAGCAUUGCUUGAUAUGUGAACAAUGUCUGAUGGAAACCUCAGACUGAAUGGGAAGGCCCUCCAGUGGCCAGCAGGUGGAGUUUCUGUGUCCUGAAUAGCUCUUUGUCCUGCCUGCAGAGAUAGCACACAAUGCAACAAUUGUUGUCUGUUACUUAAGCUUUAUUCAGACAGCAGGAUUUGGGGUUUGCAGGGCACUGAAUGUGCACAGGCUAGGGAAUAAUGCUGUGGGGGCGGAGAAGGGAAAUAUUUUAUUCCAGUAUCACAGGUGGUUCUCGGUAUCCUCUGGUUCUAGUCAAUAUGAUGGCUGGAGCAGGGGUGGGGGUGGGGAAAUACUUGCCUAUCUGUUUUAAUGCAAGGCACGAAAGCUACAAAAGCCUCUUGGGCUCUCUUAGUAAAACAAGAUUGUUCUUAAUUGAACAGAGUCCAUUCCAUCUCAGGCUGAGAUAGAGUCUAGGCUGGCAGCACUAAAAGAUGACCCUGCAAGACCCAUUCCAUCAGCCCAGGAGAUGGAAAACCGGCUGGCAGCCUUGCAGGGCAGAACAAUCCCCUCUCCAGCUCCAAAACCAGUAAGAUUUCUCUCUCUCUCUCUCUCUCUAUAUAUAUAUACAGUGGUCCCUUAGUUUUAGAACAGCUUAGUUUAUGAACAACUUGGAUUAAGAAUGCUGCAAAUGCAGAAGUAGGUGUUUUGGUUUGUCAACUUUGCCUUGGAAUAAGAACAUGUUUUGCUUCCUGUUGAGUGUGUUCUAUUUGUAAAUUGAGUACCAUGCUAUGGGAAAGCAUGCCUUGGUUUAAGAACGCUUUGGUUUAAGAAUGGACUUCUGGAACGGAUUAAGUUCGUAAACCAAGGUACUACUAUAUAUAAUUUCCAAGGGAUAAGGAACUGGUGGCCCUCAAGAUGUUAUUGAACUCCUAUUUCCAUCAGCCCAAGCCAGUAUGGUAGUGAAUAGGGGUGCUGGGAAUUGUAGUCCCAACAAUAUCUGAAGGGCCGCAGGUUCCACUCUUUUCCAGAUUCUGUUUCUAGCUGCCACAUGAAUAUUGUCAAGGGACGUGGGUGGCGCUGUGGUCUAUCUAACACCAACCUAAUGUAAUAACUGUGAGAUAGGCUAUGUGGAAAAAUUAAUUUGGCCAAGGCUACUGGUCUAAAUCACUGAGCCUGUUUGUCAGCAGUUCGAAUCUGCAUGACGGGGUAAGCUCAUAGCUGUCAAGUGUCCCUUCUUUGAAGGGACGGUCCCUUAUUCCAGCGCCAUGUCCCACUGCUGUCCCUUAUUGAUGGAUGUCCCUUAAAUGUCCCUUAAAUUUCAAAGGAAGCUGCUCCUCUCCCUCCCUCCCUGCCAGGGAGGAGGGAGGUUCCAACUGUGUUGCUUGGCUGUGUUGCUCACCCAAUAAGAAGUCUAAGAACGACUGGGGGGUGGAGCUUGCAUGCCUUGUGUGUGGCUAGUUAAUGCAAGCUGAGGGGGGGUUUGAAGGCUGGACGCCAUUUUGUUGCACGUGCUGCUGCAGACUUUGCAGUGCAGAGCCAGGCCGGGGAGCCAUCUUAAGUUGAGGCUGCAUAGGCCUUGUGGUGCAUGUGAUUCAGAUUCUAUUCAGUUGAACCUCUGGUUACAAAGUUGGUUGGACAGUGUUCUCGAAGCUACCAGCAUGAGUUUGACCAGGCUGCAGGAGGACAGGAAGACUGGAGUGCCUGGAACAGGUGAGGCUGCAGGUCCCUUAUUUUGGCUGCUGGUCCCUUAUUUUCAAGGCUGCUGGUCCCUUAUUUUCAAAUCUGUAAGUUGACAGCUAUGGGUGAGCUCCCAUUGCCCUGUCCCAUUUCCUACCAAUCUAGCAGUUUGAAAGCACGCCAGUGCAAGUAGAUAAAUAGGUACCACUGCGGCGGGAAGGUAAACAGCGUUUCUGUGCACUCUGGUUUCUGUCACAGUGUUCCGUUGUGCCAGAAGCGGUUUACUCAUGCUGGCCACAUGGCCUGGAAAGCUGUCUGUGGACAAACACGAGCUCCCUCGCCCUGAAAGCGAGAUGAGCGCCACAACCCUAUAGUCACCUUUGACUGGACUUAACUGUCCAGGGGCCCUAUACCUUUUUACCUAUUAUCAUUCUCUUACUAAUAGGGUUUUGAAGUUUUAUGAGGUACAGAAUCCACCAGAGACAUUCUGGUACCUACUAGUGUUUCAAGUUCUCAGCUGUGUUCGAAAGCUGAGAGAGAGAGAGCAGGUGUUGGUUUUCCCUGUGCUAUCUCUGUCCAAGGCCGUUUGCCUCAGAGACAGGCUAUAUCUGUUGUCUGGCCCCCUGAAAAUAAGAUUGGGUAUAUUAGGUUGGUGUGAAAGAAUAGAAAUGUUCCUGGGCCCCUUGAGACAUUUGGGAAGUUGUUGUGGCUGGGCCCCUUGUUCUUUCUUUUAGUUUUGAACCUCUGGGCUCCUUCCAUUGACUGUAUAACUUAGGUUUUCUCAAAGUGGUCAACAUUGACCCUCUGGGGUUGAUGGGACUGUGCAGGGGUGAAUAAAGAUCUGGGGGUCCAAAAGGGCCUGGGGUGGAAAAGGAAUUUAUAAGGUACAAUGUGAAAAAUAAAUUUAAUUAAAAACUAUCGAGCAAGGGCAUGUUCAGAGAGCCAAUGAAUGCCCUUGCCAUUGAGGAACCUCUGUAUUUAGACAAGAUGAUUCCACAUUGCAACAGGAUUCUCAGACCACGCUUUUCUGUUGUUUUGCAAAAAAAAAAUGUAAGUGCAGAGUUUCACUUGUAAAAUAUUAUUUUUUUACAGUGUUAAAAGACUAAUUAUAACACUCCUCAACCAAAUAUAUAAAAGCAAGCUGCCUUUGGGAAACUUCAGUGAGUCUUUAAAAAGCCUCACUUUUCUUCAGGGCUCUGCUUAGCUGCUUCCCAAGGCCACCCCUUUAUUUCUUAAGAAUUUGGGUAGAGGUUGAUGGCAACUUUCUGAACUCAUCCAGUGGUCAGUGAACUUGAAAGUUUGGGAAUUCCGAUGUAACUUGUGCAAUCCCUUUCUGUUUUUCUUUCUCUUGUUAGGUACACGAGGCCCCUAAUGCCAGGACGCAAACCGAGCAGUCAGAUGACCUGCUGAAGCAGAUGUCUGAGGAAGUUGCCAUUGAUGAGAGCGGUGGCUCAGGAGUUACGCCACAAGGUCCCUGUCUUGUUUUAAAUCUGCUCAGUCUCCCCCCUGCCCCCGCAAGUUGAUUAAAAAUGGAGGAACGAGCAAGUACACCUCAAGACCUCAAAGGGCACCACUGCUAUAGAUCAAUAUAUCCAUUACAGUAUAAUCACUCGCUCAAGCACAUCACCCAACAUUUACUCCUUGCUGCAGGUCCCAGUUAAAUAAUGUACGGUAUAUAAAUGAAAACAAGGUUAUUUGAAUUGUUUCCAUAUACAGUGGUACCUUGGGUUGCAUACGCUUCAGGUUACAUACGCUUCAGGUUACAGACUCCACUAACCCAGAAAUAGUACCUCGGGUUAAGAACUUUGCUUCAGGAUGAGAACAGAAAUCGUGGGGUGGCGGCGCGGUGGCAGUGGGAGGCCCCAUUACCGUAUUUUUUCGCCCUAUAGGAUGCACCGUCCCAUAAGGCGCACCUAGUUUUUUGGGGGGGAAAUAAAGGGGGGGGAAUUAUCCCCCCCCCAGGCACGGGGCUGGGGCGGGGGAAGCCCGAGCUUCCCCCGACCCCAGCCCCCAGAACGCGCAACUCUCCGCAAGCCGUGGGAGCCCAGCGCCGGGCUCCCACGCCUUGUGGGGAGCUGCGCGAAGUCUGGGCGCGCUGAGCUCAGCGCGCCCAGCCUUUGGCAUGCAGGCAAAUCUUCGCAAGCCGCGGGAGCCUGGCGCGGGCUCCCACGGCUUGCGGAGAUCUGCGCGAAGCCUGGAGAGUGAGAGGGGUCGGUGCGCACCGACCCCUCUCGCUCUCCAGGCUUCAGCAAAAGCCUGCAUUCACCCCAUAGGACGCACACACAUUUCCCCUUCAUUUUUGGAGGGGAAAAAGUGCAUCCUAUGGGGCGAAAAAUACGGUAGCUAAAGUGGUGCUUCAGGUUAAGAACAGUUUCAGUUUAAGAACGGAUCUCUGAAACAAAUUAAGUACUUAACCCGAGGUACCACUGUAUACAUCUUUGUUUGCUAUGAUCUCUUUAGUUAUAGUUCGAGAACAGUAUGAGUACUUUGAUCAGAGUCAUGGUGCAGUGUCGUUCUUUGGCUGACAUGUUUUUAUUCAUUUUACAGUGGUACCUUGGUUCUCGAACUUAAUCCAUUCUGGGAGUCCGUUCAACUCCCGAAACCAUUUGAAAACCAAGGCACGGCUUCCGAUUGGCUGCAGGAGCUUCCUGCAGUUAAGUGGAAGCCACGCUGGACGUUCGGCUUCUGAAAAACGUUUGCAAAUCGGAACAGUUACUUCUGGGGUCGUGGCGUUGGGGAGCCGAUUUGUUCGGAAACUAAGCCAUUUGGGAACCAAGGUUCCACUGUAUUUAUUUCAAAAAAAAAUAUAAGCUACUCAUUAUAAAAUAUCAAGAGUGGAGUACAGAAAACCAAAAAUAAACAUAAAAUAUGCAGUAGCGAUAAUACAAGACCAGGAGAUGAUCAGUGGACAGUAAUAAAACAAAACUUAAGUAUGCCUCUGAAAGAGACCACUCCUGAUUCAGAUGUUAUAGAGCAAGAAAGCUGAGUGGUCUUCAGCUUACUGAAAGCAUUGUGUUGCAGAUCUCCUAAUGACUACUUCCAAUGGCUUCAUUUAGGCAUUAAAUAGGAACUGGGAGAAAAUAGUGCCCUGUGGUGCUUCACAGCAUAACUGUUAGGGGACCAAGGUUGCUUUCCGAAAUUGACCCAGCUGAUAGAUACAGAACCACUGCAAAAGUGCACCUCUAACCCUCAGAGGAAAUCCUCAAUUGUAUCAAACCUCUCUUUCAUAAAUAACUCCUACAAAGAUGCAUCUCCCUCCCCCCCCCCACAAUAUUUAAAAGUACACAGGGAGGUCUUACUUUUUAUCAUACCCACCAGAAAUUUGACUCCCCUCCUAUGUAUAUAGCAGGUGUGGGGCUGAAUGUGGCCCUCCAGCCUUCUCUAUCUGGCCCCCAGGACUCUCAUGGAGCAGGAAGGGCCAGCAUGUUGGGUUGGUGGUAUGGAGCUGCCUCUCUGACACCAGUGUCCUCUGCAGAAUGGUGGCAGCAGGGAUAGGGUUCUAGCAGGCACACACUAGUGGGAAUGCAGGAUUGACUCCACUGGUGCAGCCACACAACUGUGAUGUCACCCUGCUCAACCCCCAUACCGACCCAGAAAGCAGCAGUGACACUACUGUCCAGAGGGCUCCAUGCUGCCUGCUCCUGUUCUUCAGUGUUGUUGUUUUUCCUGUCCUUAAACUGUGUCUUCUACUUGCCUGGAAGGCAGAGUAGGUGGGAGGUGCAGAAACCUCUGGUUUUUGUGGGGCUAGAAUGUAUCUGCUGCGCAAAGGUGAAAGUCACAUCGAUUGUUCCGCCCAUGUCUGCCUCUGGCCCAACCCUCUGCUGGCAUUUGGACCUUGGGAGGUUCCCUGAGAGCAGACCUCCCUAGGCGAGUCCUGGGCUGAAGGCAAACCUAACAUUUAAAGAGAAAUGGUAGCGGGUUAUUUGCUGUUAAUUUUCACUAGGUGGGGAGAAUAAUUAUUCACGCCCUGCAGUGUGAACCUGGCCUGGCAAUUUGCAGAACAGAUUCACAUACCAGAAAUUCAAAAUCUGCAUCAUCUUCCAGCCUCACCCCACCCUCUCUUUGUGCUUCAGGAGGGCUUUUCCUCUUUUAUGGUUUUGGGUUUUUUUUGUUAUUAUUUUUUUAAAGUGCCACAUGUAAAUUUACACUUAUUUUACUUAGCAAUUGCAAAGGUACGAAUAAAUAGAAAGGUGAUGGAAGAUCCUUGCUUUUCAGGCUUUAGAGGCUCUCAUGAGAUCUUGUAGGGCCUUGCAAGAUCUCAAGCAGCUGGGGGAGUUCCAGCGGUUGUUUUGACUUUGCAUGAUUUGGCCUUUGCACAUGAACCCCCAGAAUGUAACCCAAGUCAAGAUUGACCAGUGUUACUAAUUAAUCACUAUUUUUUAAAGAAAGCAUUUUGAAAAAUUAGUGCAAAACUAUUCUGGGAGGGAGCAGAGCUUUUUUGAUGUUGCAGGUGCCAGCCAACCGCACUAUCCACAGCUGGGUCCUGCUGCAAACUAGCAGAACUAUUCCACUGCAUCAGGCCACAGUUUUCCUGGGCACAGAAACUUACCAUGAAAAUUCGCUUUGAACAUCACACACUACUGGCAUGAAAGUAUAUCCUUCAGUGUUAUAUCUCCAAGCGUCUUGAACCUUAGCUGCAUUUCCAGGAAGAUCAGCCCCAUCAUAUCAGGCCUUCUAAAGCCCCCAAAGGCUUUAAUCGUUUUCCGUCAUGUUCUCGUAAACAGAAUUGCAUGGGGUUGUUGAAUCUGCAAUACCCUUCUAGCUUUAAUGAUUUAUGGGGUCUUAGUUAUUUUAUUGGGAUUGAUGCAGCAGUGCCCAGUGGGACAAUGCUGUAUUGUUGACCUGGCUUCUUGAUGCCACACAUCGCGACUGACUACUGAGAGGGAAGGCAAGGCGGCAGAGAGCUUACUGCAGGGUAGGCACAGCAGCAGGAGUAUCGUGUUGGCUCCAGCACUUUGCCUGCAGCACACCAAACUCCCUGCCGCCUUGCUCCUCCCCAUCCCCCAGCUUGGUAACGCAUCAGUGGUGCUUGACACUGGGAAUGCAGCCUCACCGGCUGCUACCGAUUAGAUGGAGGAAUGGGGUGGCGCUGUGGUCUAAACCACUGAGCCUCUUGGGCCUGCCGGUCAGAAUGUCAGCAGUUCGAAUCCGCACGACGGAGUGAGCUCCCAUUGCUCUGUCCCAUCUCCUGCCAACCUAGCAGUUCGAUAACAUGCCAGUGCAAGUAGAUAAAUAAGUACCGCUGCAGUGGGAAGGUAAACGGCAUUUCCAUGUGGUUUUGUUUCCAUCACGGUGUUCCUUUGCACCAGAAGCGGUUUAGUCAUGCUGGCCACAUGACCCAGAAAGCUGUCUGUGGACAAAUGCUGGCUCCCUCAGCCUGAAAGCAAGAUGAGUGCCGCAACCCCAUAGUCGCCUUUGACUGGACUUAACCGUCUAGGGGUCCUUUACUUUUGCCUUUACUGAUCGGAUGUGUUUUAUUUGCUGGCUGCUGGUUCUUAUUUGUUCUUGCUGUAAUCACAAUCCUUUUCAUGGGGCGAUAGACAUUGCAGACUGAAAUAGCAUUGUUUUUAUGGUGAUGUGGGAGCCAGAUAAUAGAUGUUCCAUCUGCCGCAUUUGGUCUGGGAGGUUUGUGCUGCGUGCAUCAUUUAAGGUUGCAGUCAUCGUGCAAUGGUCAUAUAUUUCUGAAUUAACCCUAAGUCUCUGCUUUUCCAGAAGUUAGGACCCAAACUUUAAAUGACUUAAAUCGAGCCGACAGCAUUGGCGGCAUUGAUGAUAUGGAUCCCAAACAGUUGGAGGAGGAGAAGAAUAGAUUGCUGGCAUCGGCGGCGACUGAGCUGAGGGAAGACAACACCAGGCAGGAGAAGAUUCUAGAAGUAGCCAAGCGAUUGGCUGCACUAAAAGGCCAAGAUCCUGAGAAAGGUGUGUAACAUGGGAUUUUAAAGUAAGCAGAAAAACAGGCACUCUGUUUCCUUAAGAGGAGUCGUUCUCAACAGGAGGAGACAGUGCCAGUGCUCUUGGGUCCUGCUUGCAGGCUUCUCCGUGGAAUACAGUCAAAUUUCGGUUGUCAAAUGUAAUCCGUUCCGAAAGACCGUUUGACUUCAGAAACAUUUGACAACCGAGGCUUAGCUUCUGAUUGGUUGCAAGAGCUUCUUGCACUCAAGCGGAAGCCAUGUCGGAUGUUUAAUUUAUGAAAAAUGUUUGAAAACUGGAACAUUUACCUCUAGGUUUUCAGCAUUCAGGAGCCAAAACGUUCAAAAACGGAGCUGUUCAAGAACCGAGGUUUGACUGUAUUUGGUUGGCCACUGCGAGAACAGGAUGUGGGACUAGAUGAGCCACUGGCCUGAACCAGCAGACCCUUCUUACGUCCUUACAUUUUCUUUGUUGGCUAGUGGGAAUAUGCCUGACAAACAAUUGUCGAAAAAUAUGACUGUUUCCUAGUGCUGUGAUUCUGGUUUUUUAAGGAACAAGUAAUUGGUAUCGGUGGAUAGCUCGAAGCUAACUUGUAACAGAAACCCUUAGUUUCUUUCAGAAGCGAAACUGUUUGAACAAAGCCUGAUUUGCGUAUAGACAGGCCUGUAGCAAAAUUCAGUACUUAGCUGUGUUUUCUCCAGCCUUGGGCAUUUGCCAGGGGCCUGGUCUUCUCUCAUAUUUCUUCACCCCUGGGUGCCUAGCAUUGCUCAGGAAUUUGAAGAAACAAAAAUAUCAGUGCCAUUUUGAAAGGUUUGGUCUUCCAUUUCCCCCGAACCAUAGAUUAAAAACCUGCUCCUUGAUCUCAGGAACCCGCAUUCAAAAUGUGAUUUAUGAUACCUUAAGAGGUGUCCAAAUGUGUAUCAAACAGACAAAUACCUUUGCAGAACAUUAUUAUAAUAAAAUAAAAUAUACAUACUAUUCCUUCAAGUAAUCCCAAGUGUUAGAAAAUAUUGCAGCCUGUGCAACUGGGUCAGCUGCACAGUAGCUUCAUGCUCCCUCUGUAAUCAUUGACUGCUAGGGUUCCCAACUAACUGAAGGAAAGACAAUACCUUGGCCUAAUCUUUUGCCUUUGUAAUAACCUUGAUAUGCAAGAGUGAGUGUGUGGAACUUUUCCACCUAAAAAGUAUCCGCUGCUAAUCCUGCAAACAAAGCUGCUGUCAAAGUGACCUCUCAUCCAUUAGCAGCUCCAUUUGUCAUAGCUAGAGUUAGCCUUGCCUACACUGAUGAUGGGAGAAGGAGGAUCCUGGAUGUCUUUAGAAAUCCUACUGACUGGAACCAAAAGUAACAUGUUUCUCCUGGGACUCUACCAUAAAGAAUGAUCAGCCUAGAGAGCCUGGGCUGAACAAGAAGGAAGGACUGGCUGCUAGAGAAACAAGGUCACAAAAGGAAGAGGGCGGAUUGCUAGCUUCCUUGAGCCCAAAGGCAGCAAAUUAAUAAUAAUUAUUAUUAUUAUUAUUAUUAUUAUUAUUAUUUAUUUGUACCCUGCCCAUCUGGCUGGGUUUUCCCAGCCACUCUGGGCGGCUUCCAACAAAGAUUAAAAAUACAUUAAAAUGUCACACACUGAAAACUUCCCUCAACAGGGCUGCCUUCAGAUGUCUUCUGAAUGUCAAGUGGUUGUUUAUCUCUUUGACAUCUGAUGGGAGGGUGUUCCACAGGGCGGGUGCCACUACCAAGAAGGCCCUCUGCCUGGUUCCCUGUAGCUUCGCUUCUCGCAGUGAGGGAACUGCCAGAAGGCCCUCGGCACUGGACCUCAGUGUCCGGGCAGAACGAUGGGGGUGGAGACGCUCCUUCAGGCAUACUGUGCCAUCUGAUGAUGGAAUGGAAGUGACCAGGGAACAGCCUUUAUUCUUCUAAGAAUACACCCGUCGGGGGUGUAUUAGUGGUACAUGCUAUCACGUGGUCCUUUAUUCUCUCUCCAGCGUUACAGGGACUAGAAAUACACUAAAGAAUGCGAACCAAAAUAAAAACCCAUCUUCCCAUAGGGAGGGCAAAUCUGCAAAGGAGGGCAAGAAACAUAAGAUGAUGAUGGGCCGUCUUGAUGAAUUGCAUCUUUAGCUCCUCAGUUUCCUCUUCUUUCUCUUGCAGUGACUUUGGAUGACUACAGAUUCCCCAAUAGUGAUGAAGAAAUAGAAGAAGAAGAAGCCAUUCAGAGAGUUUUGAAACAGGUCCAUAGUAAUUGGAAUUGAGUUUUGCAUUUGUUAAGCCUCUUGUUUUUGCCUUGCUGCAAAGACAAGAUUUCUGCUAUGCCCAGCUUCUUAUCUUUGCUGUAAAUCCAUCCUCAGAGUGUGCUCCUAAUAGUUUUCCCAAAUUAGUCCAUAAGCCUUGUAGAGUACUAUGUAGAGCUUUCACUCGAUUAAAGAAAUCGUGUAAUGCAGUUCCUGUGCGCGUCAGCUUAGAGUUAAAAUGAAACUUACUCCCAUUAAAAUAUGUGUACAACAGCCACUGUAGUCAAUUAACUGUAGGAGUUGUGUAGUACAAUUUUAUUUACAGUGGUGCCUCGCAAGACGAAAUUAAUUCGUUCCGCAAGUCUCUUCGUCUUGCGAGUUUUUCGUCUUGCGAUGCACGGUUUCCCAUAGGAAUGCAUUGAAAAUCAAUUAAUGCGUUCCUAGGGAAACCGCCUUCAGACCAGGUCCGGGGACAGUCUGUCCCCGGACCUCUUCUGAAGGCUGGGGGGCGGCAAGGGCUUUUCUUCCCACCCCCAGCAUUUUAAAACCCCGGGACAGCGGAGGACUUCUCCGCUGUCCGGGCGAUCUUAAAAUGCUGGCGGGCGGCAUUUUAAAAUCACCCGGGACAGCGGAGGACUUCUCCGCUGUCCGGGGCAAUUUAAAAGCCCCUGGGAAGGCAGGCAGGGGGACAAGACUUUCGCCCGCCAGCCUUCAGAAGAGGUCCUGGACCUCUUCUGAAGGCGGGCGGGGGCGAAAGUCUUUGCUCCCCCGCCUUCAAAGCCCUCCGGGACAGGCAGGCAGGGGAGCAAAGACUCUCGCCCCCGCCCGCCUUCAGAAGGUCUUCCCUCCCCCGCCCGGCUCGGAGCACCGCUCCGAGCCGGGCGGCGGGGAGGUGUUCCCUCCCCACCGCCCGGCUCGGAGCACCGUUCCGGGCCGGGCGGCGGCGGCAGGUGUCCCUCCCCCGCCCGGCCUCGGAGCACCAUCCCGAGCCGGGCGGCGGCGGCAGGUGUUCCCUCCCCCCGCCCGGCCGGAGCACCGUUCCGGCCGGGCGGCGGGGAGGUCUUCCUCCCCACCGCCCGGCUCGGAGCACCGCUCCGGCCGGGCGGCGGCGGGAGGUCUUCCCUCCCCCGCCCGGCUCGGAGCACCGCUCCGGGCCGGGCGGCGGCGGGAGGUGUUCCCUCCCCGCCCGGCUCGGAGCACCGUUCCGAGGCCGGGCAGAGGCGGGAGGUCUCUCCUCCCCGCCCGGCCCGGAGCACCGCUCCGAGCCGGGCGGCGGCGGCAGGUGUUCCCUCCCCCGCCCGGCUCGGAGCACCGUCCCGAGCCGGGCGGCGGCGGCAGGUGUUCCCUCCCCCGCCCGGCUCCGGAGGAGCCUCCGAGCCCGGCGGCGGCGGGAGGAGGUGUCCCCGCCCCGCCGCCAGGCUUCGGAGGAGGUCCGAGGACAGUGGGGAAGACGCGCUGCGCUUCCCCGCUGUCCCUGAGAUUUCCCUAUGGGCUGUCGUCUUGCGAAGCAAGCCCAUAGGAAAUUCGCUUGCGAAGCGCCUCCAAAACGGAAAACCCUUUCGUCUAGCGGGUUUUCCGUCUUGCGAGGCGUUCGUCUUGCGGGGUACCACUGUAUCUGUAAACUCAUUUAUAGGUUGCCUUUUGGGGUAUAGCCCAUCCAAGGCAGCUUACAGCAUCAUAAAAAGCAAUACCAUCUAAAACUCACAAUGGCAGCCGUUCAGCAAUUGGAUGCAUGUUUACUCAAAACUAAAGCAUUCUGUAAUCUCUGGGCUCUUCCUGCAGGCUCACAACAAGGGGAGGGGAAUAGGAAGUACGUAGUAAGAUGAACAAAUAUUUGCUAUUCAGUGGAAGCAAUGAAAGAAUGAUGAAACAAAGAUAGAUGUAAGAAAAAUAAUAAAAAUCAAAGCUGUCAUGCUUGAGACUUUUGAAAAGGGUUUUGAGAGGCAGAAAGACAAGCCAUGCAAAUGUCUGAAGGGAAGCGCAUCCAUAUUAUUGAUUUUGUUACAUAAUUUCUAGCCAGAGGAGCUACCCACAACAACCUGUGAGGUAGGUUAGAGAUAUUAAUUAGCUGAGUAGGAAUUUGAACCCAGGUGCUCCCUGAGUAUUUGAUGACUAGUAAUAGUAUUUUUGGUCAUAAAUGCCCUUUGUAAAGCUGCUUUCUUUCCUGCCCAAUAGUUAAUCUGGUGGCUGCAUGUUUGUUUACUAAACCAAAGAUUAAGGAAGUAGUAGAAGAAAGACGCUUCUGAGAGGAAGGUUUGUGUGAAGAAAAGUCUUUUGUUUCAACUGCUGUUGUUUCUGCCGUCAGCUUACUGAGGAGGCGGCUCUGGAUGAAGCAAGCGGCUUCAAUAUUUCUCCAGAUCGAUCCACCCAACCAGCGACAGCCCAACAGAAACCAGCCAGGAAACCCGAGCAAGUAAGCAGCCAAUUCAAUCCUAUAUUCAGUGCUUUUUUUCCUAAAAAAAUGUUUGGGGGUACUCUCAUUUCGACUCAAGAAAAUCAGUGUUUUAUAGCUCAAAUCAGGAAAAAUAAAUACAGUAAAUGGACAAAAGUACAAAGAUUCACAAAAUGUUUAGGGGUAUGCGUACCCCCACAAAAAAGCACUGCCUAUAUGUGUGGCUUUCUCUGACUUUGCUGUGCUCAGUGCAGUGUCAGGCUGAUCCCAGCAAGGCCCUUUUUAGUUUAGGUGUCAUCCCAUCGUGCUAAAUAGCACCUAAACAGAAACAAGAACAAAAUGCCCAUGGGCCUAAUGGUUAAGCUGAGAAGCGAAAGACAAAAUGACUCCUCGAAGGCCAGCUAAUUCUGAGCCACAUUCUGUGUCCUAGUUCUGUGUUAUGGCAAACAAUUCAAAGCCCUCCAGCUGUAGGCAAAAUUGAUAGGUGUCCUCUUCUAGAACAAUAGGUUUUGAUGUUUAUGUGAGCAAGAAGAGAUGCCCGAAGUUGUGUGUGCACUUUAAAGUAAAUAGCAAUCAAGCAUGACUGGUGCUGAUGUGGGAAAUAACAAACAGUUCUUCCACAUGCUUCCUCUGUGACUUUACAAAACUCACGUCAAGGCCUCAUCGCUUCAGAUGGGCCCUUCCUGUACCAAGCAAAAGCGGUCCUUCCUUUAUUGCUUGGGCUGUUCUGCAUUGUCUUCAGGUGUCCAAUAUUGCACAGGGUUAGAAGUGUAUUCUGGGGCCUGCAGCAGAGUUCGUAGCAGCUCAGUUUUAUUUUAUUUUUUGAGUUUCUGGUCCUUGUGGCUGUAAGAUUUCAAUACUUCACAUUUAUGCAGACAUUUCAGGUGUCUCAAACGUUUCAUGUAUAUUCCCAGUAUAUUCCUUAAAACAGCCCUGUAACAUGGGGUAACACCAUGAGCAUCGUAUUGUACAUGGUGGUGAGGAGGAGGGAAUAUAGGCCUAGAAUGAAAGAAGAACUGUCUCAGGUAAGAUGAGGCCUGAAGCAGGAAAUUGAUGGUUCAUAUUAAUAACACAGUGGUUAUCUCAAAUCUUCAAAAAAAGAAUGUGUAUACAGUAGUACCUCUGGUUAAGAACUUAAUUCGUUCCGGAGCUCUGUUCUUAACCUGAAACCGUUCUUAACCUGAGGUACCACUUUAGCUAAUGGGGCCUCCCGCUGCCACUGCGCCGCCGGUGCAUGAUUUCUGUUCUCAUCCUGAGGUAAAGUUCUUAACCUGAGGUACUACUUCCGGGUUUGCGGAGUCUGUAACCUGAAGCAUUUGUAACCCAAAGCGUUUGUAACCCGAGGUACCACUGUAUAUGUAGAUGUGUGCAUAGCAUAUAUUUAAAAUGCUGUGAUCUUCAGGAAACAGAGUCCUGCGCCCUAUCUAGUUCAGUUUCUUACCUGCUGGCCUCCAGUCUUAGGUGGGACCUUGGUGGUCAUGCAGUCCAACCCAUGGCUGAGUGUGGGAUCUGCAAUCCAGGAAACAACUACAGCAUCCCUUCUAUGUGCUCUGACUGCCAAUCACAUCUUUCCUCUUACACUCAUGUGGCUUCCUGACCUCCCCAAAAACAAAUAACGCAUAGGCAAGGUGUGUGUUUGUUUUUAAUUUUUAAAAACUGGAAUUAAAAAAAAUUGAAAUGAGAACAUUACAUGAUAUAUGUAGAAAUAUUGCACUGAUUUUGAUAAGUGGGUUUGGGUUUGUAAUUGGUGCAAAGUUGUAGUGGGAGGAAUUUUGCAGAAUGCAAACAGUGAAGGCAAUGUCACGCAGCUCCCCAUUCACCCCAGAAGGUACUCUUGGAGUUUCUGUUGCAACAUCUAUGCAUAUUACCCUUUCCCUUUAGGGAAAAGCUCCAGCGGUUGCUAAACCUCUCGUCUUACCGGACAGCGACGAAGAAGAGCUGCCCUGGUGCUGCAUCUGCAACGAGGAUGCUGUCCUACGCUGCCACGCCUGUGAUGACGACCUCUACUGCCAGCGAUGCUUCCGGUAAUGGCAAGAACCUCGGGGCGGAGGGUGGAAAUCCCAGCAUUCCAGGCAGCUUGUGCAGCGUGAUCGUGUGCUGCAUGUUUUUUUAGAGUGUGCAGGAAGAACUGUGUGCCAAAAAGGCUGAAACAAAGCACCUGAGUUGCAAGGGCCCCACGGCAGAAAGUAGUUAGCACUGAACGUGCAAUCCCCAUGACUUGGGCCUAAGGGGAGGGGACUGUCCCACUUCCUAUAUCCUGCUGCAACUUCCUGCUCUCCCUAAAAAGGAUGGAGGAAUCACCUGGGACAGGAGUUGAGGGCUGUUUUCGGAGAGGGAAAUUGGUGGGAAAUCUACGCUUGCCUCAGCAGCAGUGCCUCCUGCAACGACCACACAACUGGUGUCGGGCCUAAAGGCAGCUUUUCUCAGGCCCAGACCAUGACCACAUUCACACUGUCUAUUUAAAACACUAUGUUGCCACUUUAAACAUGGCUUACCCCAGAGAAGCUGUAGUUUAUGAAGGGUGCUGAAAGUUGUUAGGAGACCCCGCUGUUCCCUCACAGAGAUAUAAUUCCUACAGUUCCUUGGGAAGAGGGAUUGAUGGGUAAACCACUUGGAACCGCAGCUCCAUGAGGGAAACAGGGGUCUCCUAACAACUCUCAGCACUACAGGAUUUCUUUGAGUGGGGAGCCAUGGCUGUCUAAAGUGGUCGCAUGAGUUUGUGUAUAUUGCCUUUUCUUAAAUAGUUACAGGCUUGGGGGAAGCCUGGUUCUUACUGCAAAGGCAGAGCCUGGGGAGAAGUUCUCUUCAUAUUCACAUCCCACAGCUGGAAUGGAGAUCAGGCCCUCUGUGCUGCUGAGAGCCUUAGAUAAAAAGUCCUCAUUGGUAUCAAUGGGAACUUAUUUUUCUAGCUGCAUUUGAGGAAGGGAAGGAAUCUCCAUUCCAGUCAAAGUGGGAGAGUGAAGAGAGAAGCUUCCCCUCUCUAUGAGCUGUAUUUACAUUAAGAACCGGGAACUCUCAUGCCUGCAAUUAUUUAAGGGGAAAUAAGUAGCUCUAUGCUGCGUACCUAAGUGAACAUGUAGUUUGUCCCAAAGUUCAAGUCCAUCACUUGGCUUAUUAUAUACCCCACUGGCUCUCUGCAGUUCUCUUCUUGUAGGGCAGGGAGGGAGAAAUUUGUCAUUCAGACUAUGGUGCCGAAGAUUAAAACACUUCACAGUGUGUGAGCAUAUACAUAAAAUAGAGUAAUUUAUUUGCGGGUGAUGACAGUGAUGUGUACUCACAUAGUUCUGUUUCCUUCCAUUGAGCUUGUGCAAGACGAUCCUGUCAGCGGAUUGGGCCCUUCUCUGCUCUUUUCUGUGGCUCACAAUCCUACAGAGAAGGCAUCCUCACCCCUGUAGUGCAGUUUCAGAGUUGGAUCUGAAGGAACGGCUGGAGGCCUCCUGUUUGCCAGCUGUGCCCAGUAACCUAAAUUUUCAUACUAGUAAUUCAUAGACUUCUGACUAUGCCUGCAAAACCUUGUGCCUCAGAUCACUGGAGGGCUUGUGAUCUCCUCUUACCUCCAUGAAUGAGUGAGAGUCGCCAUCACUUCUGCAGGAUAUUCUGGCUGGCAUGACAGUAGACUCCUAGUAAACACUGCCUGCACUUCCUGUUUUGGUUUUCAGGGAAAGCCAUGAUGAAUUUGAUCGGAGGGAGCACCGAACGUCUAGCUAUUGUCGUCCUCGAAAGCAAAAAUGAGCCUAUGGAGCGUGAGAAGAAAAGGGGAGGAAGGUGAAAUGGAAGGGGAUAAAAGAGAAGAUGUCCACAAAGGUUUGCUAUUUCAGCAAAAGCUGGCAGACUCUGAAAGGCAGCUCUGUGUCACUGAGAAGCUUGGAGGGCAAAUGGUUGUGCCCGGCAAAAUCAAGGCAGCCACUGUGGAGCUCGUAGUACGCUGAAGGUGGUUUGCCAUGUGAGUAAGCUGUUAAUUCAGUGAGAAUGAAGACUGGCAUGCUUGAAAAGGUGGGUUAUUUUGCAGAGAUUUGCCAUUGACCUGGAUGAGAUGUUCAUAGGAAAUAUUGCAAAAAUAAUAAAUUAUAUGAAGAG